UCAAACAUCCCAUUUCAAUCCCCCCGAGCUCUGCGCCUUCUCCUCCACAACGAACCCAACCAAGUUCCUCUUAUCCUCCUUCCUCACAUUUUAGCCAUGGCGAACGUAAUAGCGAAUUCCGGCCACGAUGACAUGAUUCACGAUGCCGUCCUAGACUACUACGGCAGACGGUUAGCCACAUGUUCGUCCGACAAGACGAUCAAGAUCUUUGAGGUUGAGGGACAGGAGCACAGACUUGUAGAGACACUGAAAGGACACGAAGGCGCGGUAUGGUGCGUCGCCUGGGCCCAUCCAAAGUACGGCAACAUCCUCGCAUCCAGCUCCUACGACGGUAAAGUCAUAAUCUGGCGCGAAUCCUCCUCGCAAUGGACCAAGAUCUACGACGUCGCCCUCCACUCUGCAUCCGUGAAUCUCGUCGCCUGGGCCCCUCACGAGGCUGGCUGCCUUCUCGCAUGCGCCUCUUCCGACGGCAAUGUCUCCGUCCUCGAGUUCAAAGACAACAACUGGUCGCAUCAGGUAUUCCAGGCCUGCGGCAGCGGCGUCAACUCUGUGUCUUGGGCACCCGCCGUCAACCCCGGACAAGUCACUAGCGCAAGCGGAGGUGCGGCUGGCGCAGCGAGGAGAUUCGUGACCGGCGGAAGUGACUGCCAAGUCAAGCUUUGGGAGUGGAACAACGAGACUGGCGGAUACACCAACACGAGGAUCCUGCCUGGCCACACCGACUGGGUCAGGGACGUUGCGUGGUCGCCGACUGUGUUGAGCAAGUCGUAUAUUGCUAGUGCGUCUCAGGAUAAGACGGUGCGGAUCUGGACCAGCUCCGAUCUCCAGGACUGGAAAUCAACAACCCUCAACGUUGAGGCCGCCGCCUGGCGCGUGAGCUGGAGUCUCAGCGGCAACGUCCUCGCCGUCAGCACGGGCGACAAUCGCGUCAGCCUCUGGAAGGAGAGACUGAGCGGCGGCUGGGAGUGCGUCAAGACGAUCGAGGACUAGUACUCCAAAAAUCUGAACAGGCGCAAGAAGUAAGGGAAUUGGUAGAAAGCACCUGAGCGUUCUCGGAGCGGGAAAUUCGCAAAGCACACGAAGAGAAGUCGAACGCAGCAGCCCCAUUGUUGCGCAGUCUUUUGGAUGUUUACCUUGAGGAUGCGGGCCGUAGGAUAGGAUAGUACAGGAAGGAUUCGAAUAUCCCCCAAAAAACCUCUUUUCCCCCUUGGUUUUUGUUUUGCUUUUGAAGACGGGGGGAGCGAGAGCGAGAGCGAGGGUGGGGGGAAAACCCUUCUCACUCGAAAUGUCCACAUUACAUUUUACAUAGAUCAUCAAAGACACAACAUCACAUCAC